UGCGCCGGCCUUGGCAGUUGCUCCACAGAUGCUGGGAGAGGCCAGGGGGUGUAGUUGCUGAGGGACUGGAUCAUGCCUGACAGGGAGCGGGUUCCUGAGAAGCAGAAGCCGCUGGGCUUGGGAUGAGAGAAGCAGCGCAGAUGCAAAAUCUGGAGAGCGCGGGGCCCGGGCGGUCAGUCAGCACGCAGACUGGUAGCAUGACAGGUCAGAUCCCACGGCUUUCCAAAGUCAACCUUUUCACGCUGCUCAGCCUGUGGAUGGAGCUCUUCCCGGCAGCCGAGGCCCAUAGGGAGAAGCCGCAGAAGUCGCAGAAAAAUGAAGAAGAAAAGCAUGAAUCCUUGGGAGAUAACAAUGAAGACACAGCCAGGGUAUCUACUGACAAAAAACAGGUGAAGAGAACUGGCCUUGUGGUGGUGAAAAACAUGAAAAUUGUUGGUCUCCACUGUUCCAGUGAAGAUUUACAUGCUGGGCAAAUUGCUCUUAUUAAACAUGGGUCAAGGCUGAAAAAUUGUGAUCUUUAUUUUUCCAGAAAGCCAUGUUCUGCUUGUUUGAAAAUGAUUGUAAAUGCUGGAGUUAACCGCAUUUCAUAUUGGCCUGCUGAUCCUGAAAUAAGUCUGCUCACUGAGGCUUCUAGUUCUGAAGAUGCAAAGUUAGAUGCCAAAGCCGUGGAAAGAUUGAAGUCAAAUAGUCGGGCCCAUGUGUGUGUCUUACUUCAACCUUUGGUGUGUUAUAUGGUACAGUUUGUAGAGGAGACAUCUUACAAAUGUGACUUUGUUCAAAAGAUUACAAAAACAUUACCCGAUGCUAAUAUUGACUUUUAUUCUGAAUGUAAACAAGAAAGAAUGAAGGAAUAUGAAAUGUUAUUUUUGGUUUCCAAUGAAGAAAUACAUAAGCAAAUACUGAUGACAAUAGGUUUGGAGAACCUGUGUGAAAACCCAUACUUUAGCAACCUACGGCAAAACAUGAAAGACCUGAUCCUGCUUUUGGCCACAGUAGCUUCCAGUGUGCCCAGCUUUAAACACUUUGGAUUUUAUUGUAACAAUCCAGAACAGAUUAAUGAGAUUCACAAUCAAAGUUUGCCACAAGAAAUUGCAAGGCACUGCAUGGUUCAGGCCAGAUUAUUGGCAUAUCGAACUGAGGAUCACAAAACUGGAGUUGGCGCAGUCAUUUGGGCAGAAGGGAAGUCAAGAAGUUGUGAUGGAACAGGUGCCAUGUACUUCGUAGGAUGUGGUUACAACGCUUUUCCUGUUGGAUCUGAGUAUGCUGAUUUCCCACACAUGGAUGACAAGCAGAAAGACCGAGAAAUAAGGAAAUUCAGAUAUAUCAUACAUGCAGAACAGAAUGCCUUGACAUUUAGGUGUCAAGAAAUAAAACCAGAAGAAAGAAGCAUGAUUUUUGUGACGAAGUGUCCAUGUGAUGAGUGUGUGCCCUUAAUUAAAGGUGCAGGAAUAAAACAGAUCUAUGCAGGGGAUGUAGAUGUUGGAAAAAAGAAGGCAGACAUCUCUUAUAUGAAGUUUGGGGAACUUGAGGGUGUUAGCAAAUUCACGGCCUUCUCUAGUGAUUAAAAGAUUCUUUAGUGUCUGGAUAUAGGAAUGUGAUGAAAUUCCAGAAUGCCAGGCCUGAGCAGACCCAGCUGCUAAAAGUGUUUAACCUGGAGCAAGCCACAGCAACCUCUCAUCUUCCUUACCUGCAGAACAAAUGGGUAGGAUUGUUCAAGUCCCUUCUCUAAGAGUGCUACUGAUUCUGACCUAGGAUCACUCAGGUGGCGUUAUUAGGGCUUUGCUGAUAUACACAGUACUAACUCCUUUCUCUUGUAUGAUAUAAAAUUUAAAAAGCAGUAUGCUGAAGCAAAGUCUGUUAAAUCCUUUUGAAG